AUGCGCGAAGAAGGAGCCUCAAAGGGGAAGAAGGCCCGAACACAUGAACCGCGAGCAUCGGAAAAAGAGCCAGACGUGAGAGAUGACGACUACGAGCUAACCAGGCUGGCAGCCCAUGGUCGGGCCCCCGAAAGGUGCCGGAGGUCCGGAUCGGAACCAGCCAAAGUGGCAGACACCGGUUACCCCAAACUGCCAACCGACACCGCCCCAUAG